AUGCAAUACGUCUGCGAAGUUGAUUGCAAACCUAUAUGUAUACCACCAUACCAAUCAUGCACUAUACCCUGCGAACCUGCUCCUGUACCCUGCAUUACUCCUCCUUGCGGUACGUGUCCACCACCCUGUCAACCCUGUCAACCCUGUCAACCCUGUCAGCCCUGUCAACCCUGUCAACCAUAUUCCCCUUGCGCUGAACCGGUAACCGUUUUAGAACAGAUGUGUACACCGAACGUUCAAAGAAAAGAGUUACAACAAGAACAAGAACAAGAACAACAACAACAACAACAAGAAAAUUCGAGAAUAGGUGCAAAUCAAAUCAUAAGCGUGAAACUUAUCAUGGAAAGAAAGGAAACUUAA